GGUGUCGUUUCCACUCUUCUAACACAACACUAUCUGUCUGCCUAUAUAUCAUUUUCGUCGCCGGAACCCUAAUUCGAUCUGCCGGAACUCGAGAUCGCCGGUGAGUCUCUGAUCUCACAGUAGAUGAUUGUACGAUUUGGGAAUAGGUGAGAUCAAAGGGGCUGGAUUUCCUCGCCGAAUGGAGGGAGGUAGCGUCUUUAGACUUACUUCUUAUGGGAUACACCCAUGGAUUAUGAUGACAAUGAUUUUCAAAGCCAGAAUCCCCAUUUAGCUGGUGAAGGGAGCAACAAAUUUCCUUCAGCAUUAAGGCCAUUUGCUCUUCCUAAGUUUGAUUUCGAUGAAAGCCUUCAAGGGCAUUUAAGAUUUGAUAGUUUAGUUGAAACUGAAGUUUUCCUUGGCAUUGAGAGUAACGAAGAUAACCACUGGAUUGAUGCAUACUCCCGGGUGAGUAGUGGCAUAGAGUUUAGUUCAACUGCAGCUGAAUCUUGCUCUAUAUCAAGACAUAAUAAUGUUUGGUCUGAGGCCACUUCCUCAGAAUCUGUUGAAAUGCUAUUAAAAUCUGUUGGACAGGAGGAAUUUAUCCCUAGAGAAACUGUUAUACAGGAAUCUGAUGCUUGCGAUGAACUGGCAUGCUUAGCUAAGCAAAUGGAGCCCAAUCCAAAACCUGAUGAUAAAAAUGAGUGUAAUGAUAAUGCUACAGAGUUACAGCCACCUGGAGAUAUUCAUGAAAACUUGUCUGGAUCAAAGGAGGAUGUAGAAAUGGAACAGUCUCUGGCUGGAGUUUCCCUAGGUCAGGAAGGUGCAUUAUCCAUUGAUGGAAGUUCAAGUAAUCUGCAACCACAUGAUAUGCACAGAAAUAUUGACUUGCCUGUGCCUAGGGGGAUUCUCUUUACUGAUGGCAAAAGUAACGACACAAAUCAAGGAAGAGUUGAGAGUGGCGCUGAUGGUUCUCUUGACGAAAAAAGUCAAGAUGACUCAUCUGCUUCUAGGGUGAAGACUAGUAUUACUGCUGCUUCUACACAAAAUAUCUCUUUUACAUGUGAUGUCUUAAACAUUCAAAAUGUGCAAAAUCAAGUAGCUAGUAUGGGUGAUGAGAAGCAAAGUUCUUUACAAAUACAAACUAAUAAGCAAGAUUUGGAAUCUUCUGUAAUAAACAAAGAUUGUGAUGUUGACACUCAAACUGUGGAUGUAAAUGCAGUUGCAGAUGAAGUGCAUCAUUCUGAUAAACCUCUUUGUUCAAUCCCCGUGGAAGAAACUUUGGCAAGUGGGACUGUAGUUAAUGGCCUUGAGACUGGGGUAAGUAGUUUAGAAGACUCCUUAAGCAUGGUACCUGAUGGUAUUUCUGACUUGCAGAAAGAAGAAAGAUGCAGUGACAAUACAUGUUUCAGAGAUUUGUCUCAGGGCAAUGCAAAUGAAGAUGUGGUCUUGAUUAAAGAUGCAGGUACAGAUGAUCAGUCCGCACUAAAUACAUGUGACUCACCAAGGGUUUCAAUUAAAGAUGAUUCUAGUUCUGAGGGGCAUGUAGUUGAGGUCAGUAAUUCUGAUUGUGGGACUUGUCCAAAUUUUCAGCAGAAUGUGGGAACCGUUGAGAAGACAUCUGCCAAGAGCAGUGUUUCUGAGGAAAAGGAGUUAUUGAACACUGGUAACCAGAUGGAUGCAGAUGUUUUAUUAAGUCAGUCAGAGGCAUCUAUGUUUGCUGUGGUGGACAAUAACACUUCUACUGUUAGUGAAGGAAAUAAUGGUAGCAGAACGGGAGGUUUUUCCAGUUUCGAUGCGGUGGUGUCUACCAAAUCUGACAUUUUGGGUGAGGCAACUGAAGUAUGUGAAAACAAGGAAUCUGACAAGAUGGAUGAUCAUGAAGAAUUUUGUCAAGAUGUUUCUGUCAUUGACCGAGAGAGUGAAAAGGUCCCUUUUGAUUCUAGCCUAAUGUAUUGUGAUGUUGACCAAUCCCGUCUUGUUGAUAGGGAAGUUGGUUCAUCAUCUCUUGGUGCAGGUAGCAUGGAAACUAAGUUGACAAGUUCGACAGUAUCAGUUGAUGUCAUGGCUGUCAAUAAAUCAGCUUCACAAUUUAUAUCUGAAAAUAUUAGUUCGACAUCCUGUGAGAUAGAUGUUCAACCUCCUAGCAGAAUUGUGUCCACACAUGAAGUUACAGAUCAUCAUGAAAUUCAAAGGGUGAUACUUGUUGGGUCUGCCUCUGUUGAUAAAACAGAGGACUCUGAAGCCAAAAUAGCUGAGGAAACAGGCAUAUCUCUUUCUGUUGGGUCUUCUGAACAGGAAUUUGCUCCUUGUCAUGUUACUAGAACUGAAAAACAUAAAUUUUCUGACACUUCUAGUCAGAUUUUAUGUGAGACAGUAAGCAGUUGUCUGCAGAAUCUUGGAACUACUCCUAAUGAAAAGAUCAGUGAACCUCUAGAAACACUAAGUGAUAAGGUUGAUCAGGAAUGCACAAAUGAGGUUGGUGUGGGUCCAGUUCUAUGUGAAUCAAGAGAGAAACAGGGUGAUGAAGUUGGGCUUUCUGUUAUUAAGGAUGAUGAGGAGACAAUACAAAAGAAUCAUGACAAGUCAUCCUCAAAAAUAUCAGGUGACAUUAUAUCUGCAAACAAAGGUUUCAUAUCUUCUUCACCUGAUUCACACAUCAAGUUGCAUGAGACCGGAGGCUGUCCUGCCAAUCCUUCCAUUAGUACUUGUGGUCCCUCUAUUACAUUUGGAAUCCAUCCUGAAAAUGAAAAGGAUGGGAAUCAGGUUAAGACUUCUGCUGAUCUGAAUCCUCCAGCUUCUGAGUUCAUAAAUAAGGAUGAAAAAAACAUGUCUACUGAUCAUGAUCCCAAGGGGAAUGAUGCGUCUAAAAAUGAGAGAAGCUUAAUUCCGGAGGUAAAUCCAGCGGUAAAUUUGUCCAAGAAAGACAUUUUAGAUUUAACCACGAGAGGAACAAAUGUUGGCAAGAGCCAAACAGUUCCUGUUACUCCAGCCAACAAAGCAUCAACGGUUGUGGAGGAAUUUCCAUUGGCUUCUGGGCUAGGUACUCCCAAGAGCAAAGCAGCAGGAAAUGUCUCCCAUGGGAGUCCACUAAUAUCCGAUGGUGUUUUAGCACGUAGUAUUUCUAAAGUUACACCUGAGCGCAAAACUCGGCGAGCAUCUAAUAAGAUAGCUGGAAAGGAAUCUUCUAAAAAAGGAAGUAAAGGAAAAACUGUGGCAAGACAGUCAGAAAGAGCAGAUAGAUCAACUAGUGUGUCUCUGAGCCCGUCACCUGGUUUCCAGCUUAUGCAAUCGAACGAGAUGCAGCAUUAUGGGCACAUUGAUUCCAUCAGCACAAAGCCAUUUGCUCUUUUAAAUGCUUCAACAUCUAGUCUUCCAGAUUUGAACACUUCUGGUUCUCCAUCUGUUCUAUUUCAACAGCCUUUCAUGGAUAUUCAGCAAGUACAAUUGCGUGCGCAGAUCUUUGUCUAUGGAGCUUUGAUUCAAGGCACAGUACCUGAUGAGGCACAUAUGAUAUCUGCUUUUGGGGGCCCAGAUGGUGGAAGGAGCCUUUGGGAGAAUGCUUGGCGUUCCUGCAUGGAAAGACAGCGCGGUAAAAAAUCUCAUCCCAUUAACCCAGAAACAUCUUUGCAAUCACGAUCUGCAGGUCCUAGAACCACUGAUUUGGCAGUUAAGCAAAGUGCACAUCAAGGAAAAGGUGUCUCUUCACCUCUUGGCCUAGCCAACUGCAAGGCUACUCCAACAAUUGUAAACCCUUUAAUAUCCCUUUCAUCUCCCCUUUGGAGCCUACCAACUCCCUCUUGUGAUUCCCUGCAUUCUAGUUCCCUUGCAAAGGGUUCCGUUAUGGAUUAUCCACAUGCACUUACUUCUUUGCAUCCUUAUCAAACCCCACCUGGUAGAAGCUUUCUUGGACAUAACACGUCUUGGACAUCUCAAACCCCCCUUCGUGGACCAUGGAUUGCUUCUCUCACUCCUGCAGCUGAUAACAGUUCCCAUAUUUCUGCAUCACCUGUUACAGAUACAAUUAAGUACAGUUCAGUCAAAGGAUCUUCUGUACCUCCUUCCUCUAGCAUAAAGAAUGUUCCAACUUGUCUGCCAGCUUCAAGUGCAGGUACACAAAAUGUAUUUGUAGCAACUGCCCCUCUGCUUGAUACAAACAAUGUCUCACAUGCUCAGCAUUCUUCAGAUCCAAAGCCCAGAAAAAGAAAAAAAGUUAUGGUGUCUGAGGAUCUUGGCCAGAAGGCUAUGCAUUUCCAAUCUCAAGUAGUACCGACUAAUGUUGUCAGCAGCCAUAUAUCUGCUGCUGUUGCCACUGCAGCCCCUGUUGGGAAUGUGCCCAUAACUACUGUUGAAAAAUCAGUUGUGUCUAUCUCUCCUCUAUCUCUUGCUGAUCACCUCAAAAGUGACUGGAAUGUAGAGAAGAGGAUUCUGUCAGAUGAGUCUCUUACGAAAAUUAAGGAGGCGAGGGUAAAUGCAGAGGAAGCUUCUGCUCUUUCUGCUGCUGCUGUCAAUCAUAGCCUGGAGAUAUGGAAACAGUUGGAUAAGCAAAAAAAUUCUGGAUUGGUGUCAGAUAUUGAGGCCAAAUUAGCUUCUGCAGCAGUUGCGGUUGCAGCUGCUGCCGCUGUUGCUAAGGCAGCAGCUGCAGCUGCCAAUGUUGCAUCAAAUGCUGCGUUACAAGCAAAAAUGAUGGCUGAUGAAGCAUUGGUCUUAUCUGGUUAUGAGAGUUCUUACCAAAUUUCUCUUUCUGAGGGUAUGAGUGACUUGGGAAAAGCAAACCCUGCUUCCAUCUUGAAGGGUGCUAAUUUAACCAACGGCUCUAGUUCUAUUCUUGUCGCUGCAAAGGAGGCUGCAAGAAGAAGAGUGGAAGCUGCUUCAGCUGCCGGAAAACGAGCUGAAAAUAUGGAUGCUAUUGUGAAGGCUGCUGAGCUGGCGGCAGAAGCUGUGUCACAGGCUGGAAAGAUUGUAACUAUGGGUGAUCCUCCCCCAUUAAGUGACUUAGUAGAAGCUGGUCCAGAGGGUUGUUGGAAAGCAGCCCAAGAGUCUUCUCAGCAAAUCGGACUAUUGAAAGACAUGGCCAGAGGUUUGGUAAACAUUGAUAAUGUUGGAGACAGACCGGAAACUUCUCAUAUAUGUAACAGAGGUAUUUCAUCUGAUGAAAUGGGGAAGCAGAUUGCUGGAAGUGAGAAAUCGCCUUUUCAGAAGGUGCAUAAUGAGAUAUCACAGGACCAUACGAGGUCCAUUGAUGGCAUUUCCUCUAUUAGUAACAUCAAUGAAAAGAGUUCAAAAGGAACAAAGGGCCGUAAGGUUUCUGAUUUAGUCAAUCCUGUUGAUAUGCUUCCUGAAUCUGAGACUGAAAUACAGGCUUCUUUUGCUGUUGGUAAUGGAUCUGAAAAUCUGGAGGAAAAUAACAUCAAGGAGGGAACACUUGUCGAGGUUUUCAAAGAUGGCGAAGGAUUUAAAGCAGCAUGGUUCACAGCUAACUUAUUAAGUUUGAAGGAUGGUAAAGCUUAUGUAUGCUACAGUGUGCUUGUAAAUGAUGAAGAUGCAGGGCCUUUAAAGGAAUGGGUUUCACUUGAAGGAGAAGGAGACAAACCGCCCAGAAUACGGACCGCUCGUCCUCUUACUGGUUUGCAUAAUGAAGGAACGAGGAAGAGGCGAAGAGCAACUAUGGUAGAUUAUACUUGGUCUGUUGGGGAUAGAGUCGAUGCAUGGAUAAAAGAAAGCUGGCAGGAAGGAGUUAUUACAGAUAAGAACAAGAAAGAUAAAACAACAUUAACCGUUCACUUUCCUGCUAGUGGAGAAACAUCAACUGUCAGAGCUUGGCAUCUCCGUCCCUCCCUUAUUUGGAAGGAUGGGAAAUGGAUUGUCUCUCCCAAGGGGGGAGCAAAUGACAGUUCUACCCAUGAGGGUGAUACACCACAUGAAAAACGACCUAAAUUAGGUAGUCCUACAGUAGAGGUAAAAGGGAAAGACAAGGUUUCAAAAGAUGUUGAUGCUGUGGAGGCAGCUAAUCCCGGCGAGUUGAGGUUACUUAAUUUAACUGAAAAUGAUAAAGUGUUUAAUAUUGGUAAGAACAGCAAGAAUGAAAAUAAACCUGAUGCACACAGAAUGGCGAGGACUGGUCUUCAAAAAGUAGGAUCAGGAGUGAUUUUUGGCGUUCCUAAACCUGGGAAGAAAAGGAAAUUUAUGGAAGUAAGCAAGCAUUAUGUUACAGAUGGGACACGUAAGAUUAAUGAUGGAAAUGAUUCAGUUAAGCUUGCAAAUUUCUUGAUACCUUCAGGAUCACGUGGGUGGAAAAAUAGUUCCAAAAAUGAUACCAAGGAGAAACUUGGGGCUGAGUCCAAGGCCACCAUUAAGUCUGGAAAGCCACAGAGUGUUUUGGGUAGAGUGAUCCCACCAAAGGUAAACCCUUUAUCAAACUCUAAUACCAAUGACCCGACUAGUCGUACAAGGAUCAAGGAUUCUUCAAGUCAUUUCAAGAAUGCAUCUAAGAGUGAAAAUCAGGUGGAAAGAGCAUCCUCUUCUGGAACCACUGGAGCUGGAGCAGGACCAAUCUUAUAUUCGUCACUUGCAACUUCAACUGAUUCUUAUCCCAAUAAAAAGACAUCCACAACACGGGCAAGCAAGGGAAAACUUGCGCCUGCUGGUAGGAAGUUGGGUAAUGUUGAGGUGGAAAAGGGUUUGAAUAGAAAUCCGGUGAAAUCAACCUCUGAAGUCAUUGAGCCUCGUAGAUCCAAUCGCAGGAUCCAACCAACAUCAAGAUUAUUAGAAGGAUUGCAGAGCUCUUUAAUUGUCUCAAAGGUUCCUUCUGGUUCACAUGAAAAGGGUCACAAAAACCAGAAUCGUAAUGCUUCUAGGGGUAAUAACCAGGGUUAAAUGGAGUAGUGAUGCCGUUCAGUUGAAAGACCAACCGUUAUUGGAUCACCCCCAUACUCAGUAUAAAUGUGCAUAUUUUAUAAUAGGGAACAAAGGAAUGGAAAUUCUUGUUUCCUUGAGUUUAGGCAGAGACUAGGCCAGUAGAUGUUCAUAUUAAUUUAAUCUUGUUUACAAUAUGAUUUGAUCUCCCUAGGUCUCAUGGCACUGUAGGCUGUAUAUGGAAUUUAUCCAUGUGGACUGGUUUGUAGAGGUUUGCUGAUAUGAUAAAAUGGUAACAUCGUGCU